UCCCGGAGGAAUCCGCCCCGGAGUUCCAGGUCCGAAUCCAUGGCGUCGCACGACCACCACCACCACCACCACCACCACAGCCACGACGGCGGCCACUCCCACGGCGAACACCACCAUUCUCAUCACCAGGACGACGGCCAUGGCGGCGCCGGGACGGGGGCGGGCUCGUGGGUCGGGGAGGACGGGCGCGUCUGGCACUCCCACGACGGCCUCGCGCCGCACUCCCACGAGCCCAUCUACUCCCCCGGCGAUUUCACCAAGCGUGCGCCGCCGCUCACCUCGCGGCGCUUCGCCGAACGCGCCUUCACCGUCGGCAUUGGCGGCCCCGUCGGCACUGGGAAAACAGCACUGAUGUUGGCACUUUGCAGAUUCCUCCGUGAAAAAUAUAGUCUUGCAGCAGUUACAAAUGAUAUAUUCACAAAAGAGGAUGGAGAAUUCUUGAUCAAACAUGGAGCACUGCCCGAAGAGCGUAUCCGUGCAGUCGAAACUGGAGGCUGCCCUCAUGCUGCAAUACGUGAGGACAUCAGCAUAAACCUAGGUCCUCUAGAAGAACUAUCAAACUUGUACAAAGCCGAUUUACUCCUCUGUGAAUCUGGUGGAGAUAACCUGGCUGCCAAUUUCAGCAGGGAACUGGCAGACUACAUAAUCUAUAUCAUUGAUGUUUCCGGUGGGGACAAAAUACCAAGAAAAGGUGGCCCUGGGAUAACCCAGGCAGAUCUUUUGAUAAUAAACAAGACAGACCUAGCACCAGCAGUUGGAGCUGACCUAGCUGUAAUGGAACGAGAUGCACUUCGCAUGCGGGAAGGAGGACCAUUUGUCUUUGCACAGGUGAAGCAUGGAGUCGGGGUGGAAGAAAUCGUGAACCACAUUCUGCAAGCUUGGGAGAUCGCGACCGGCAACAAGCGUCGUUAAGAACGUAGCCCGGCGACAAAAUAACAUCGGCCUGCCUCAUAUCACGAGUUGUUAGGCUCGCGCGUGUAUAUCGUGCACUCCAGUGUUACUGUUGUUUUUCUGAAUAAACUGCAUCUUUUGGUGGCUCUGGUUCUGCUGAAAGACGCUAGUGUACAAUCAAGCAUGUGAGACUUGACUAGCUGAUAGUCCAUAAGUUAUUUCUGACUGGGAAAGUGAGGGCCAAAAGUAUGCAUCAUAAAUUGGAUGAGGUGUGAUUGUGUGUUCAUCCAGUAAUAACCGAUGAGAGA